AUGACCGCCGAGACAACCAGCACUCCCAACGACCCCAUUGUCCCAACCUCGCCCCCAGCAAAGCGCAUCAAGACGGACGAUUCCACCACGACCACCAACGAAACCAUGGCCUCUCUCGCCAAGCUACCGCCCCCGCCGCUGCUCGUCAAGAAGCUCUCGGAAAAGGCCCAACUGCCGACCCGAGGUAGUGCUUUCGCUGCCGGAUACGACCUUUUUGCUGCGCGGCCCACUGCUAUCCCGGCGCGGGGCAAGGCACUUGUUGAUCUUGACAUUAGCAUCUCGCUCCCCGCGGACACUUACGGCCGCAUCGCCCCGCGAUCUGGCCUCGCGUCGAAACACUUUAUCGACACCGGCGCGGGCGUCAUCGAUGCCGACUACCGCGGCCCCGUCAAGGUGCUGCUGUUCAACCACGCCGAAACCGAGUACACCGUGCAGGAGGGUGACCGUGUGGCGCAGCUGAUCGUUGAGCGUAUCUACACACCCGAGGUGUUGGAGGUUCAGGAGCUGGAGGAGACGGUGCGUGGUGCGGGUGGGUUUGGGAGUACCGGGCGGAACUAG